CUGGUGUCCAAGCAAAUACAACAUCCAGCCUCCAAUCACACUGACCUCUCCUUCGUGUAGGAGCUUAGAAUAUGGAUAAGGCCGGAGAAGCUGAUUUGGAUGAUUUGGAAACAGUGGAAUAUCUUGAGGACAUGGAGGACAUGGAGGAUAUAGAGGCUACGAAAGCCAUUGAACCUUAUGAAUCUGCUCCACCCUACCCAGGCCAUCCAGCAGAUUACAUAGAAAAAAACAUGACCCACAACCCAGGAUACAAUUCAUCUCCAUAUCCAAACAUUAAUAUGGCGUACACCUCGUACCCAGAGCCAGGAGUUAAUCCAAACUAUCAGGGAGCUUCCAAUCAAGGGAUAUAUCCUCAAAUUAACAGUCCAAACCCUGGGAUGUAUCCUCAAGUGAACAGUCCUAACCCUGGGAUGUAUCCUCAAACUAACAUUGUAACAACCACAGUGAUGCUUCCCAGCCUGCGUGAUUUACCCGCGCAGACCAUGUGCCCUCACUGCAAGCACCGGGUGAUCACUAUAACAGAUCACUACUCUGGACUCAUGGCCUGGCUGGCCUGCGGCUGUCUCGCCCUCAUCGGGUGCUGGCCGUGCUGUCUGGCACCUUUCUGGAUGGAUUCAUGUAAAGAUGUUGAGCAUCGCUGCCCGAACUGCAACAAAAUCUUGUCUUUCUACAAGCGCCUGUGAUCUGCAUUCAGACACGUCCCUCUUAAGUCUCUGAUUUGAAUGCAUCUAAUGGGUAUAAGGCAUUAAAUUCCAGGUGAUUUCAAAUAAUAAUUACCAAAUCCAACUAUUACGACACAUGUAGUAAGGCUAAAUGAUAAGUGUUUACAUUGUAUGUAAUAUUUAUUCAAAUAUUUAUGGGUAUAAAUAUUGUAUGAAGUAGAAUAUUCUAUCAUUGUUUUAAAAUUUUACAUUCAGACCUCCGCCUGUAGACCACAGUUAUGUCUCGGAUAUAUACGGUCUUAACUUUUUAAUGUAUCCUAAGUAUGAAACUAAAGUUUAGCUUUGAUGUCAGUCUGAUGUUAAGGUUAAUGCAUGUUAAAUUUGUAACAUUUACAAGCUCAUGACGUAACACUGCAUUGCUACGGCACCCAGCUCUCUUUACCUCUUAGCUUUAAUUUUAUUAUUAGCCUCUCUUGCAUGAAAGGUUUCGGGGGGUUAACAACUGUUAUUAUCAUUAUGCGUCGCUCGGUAGAUGGUUCAAAGAAAUUAAACUUAAUAUAGUGAAGUCAAUUGUCUGUAGAAUGAGUUAAUGAAGCUUAUUGGAUUUAACAGCUCAACAGUCAUUUUGAUUCUGUCCGAUUACCUGCUGUUCGGUUUUCUGCAAUUUAGGCUCUUUGGCAAAUUAACAAUUUGAUCACAUUCGCAUUAUGAACUCUUCAUUUGCGUUCACAGGGAAGUCAGCGAAUGUUUCUAGAUUCGAAAGGGGCGAAAUAGGCUUGAAAUGUGCUUUGGGCUUUGCGGAAAUGUGCAACAACCGUUUUAAUGAGGGUUCACUGGUAAACUUCAGUCUAGUUUAUACAUUAUUUUGCUCAAUAAAAUCAAGCAGUGAGGAUCAUUUGCCAGCAAAGUAGUAUCUAAAAUCAUUUUACGUUCUAUAUUUAAAAAUAAAAUCUACAGCUGUGUGCAAUCUACACAAGAACCAAGAGAGGGCGUCAUUUACUACUUUAAAAAGCACACGGAAGCAAAUGGUUACCAUAUUA